AUGCUUUUAUCCCCGGUUCAGUAUGUGGUGUUUGAGAGUGAAUUUAAACAUAGCGCAUCAGCCCUGUCUGAUCCGCAGCAUACAGCCAAUCAACUUUAUGGCACGGGUCAGUAUGAUAAUAUACCAGCCCAGGCGACGCUGACACCUCUACAUUUUAGUCGCACCGCGACCUGUGUACAACGCGCCUUUCGGAAAGUCCCUGUCUCAGGGCAACCGCUGAGCUCCUUUGUCAAUAUUAAGCAACAGCAUUCGGAGCCCUACCAUCAGUUUAUAGAUAGAUUGAAAGAAUCAGUCACUAGGCAGAUUGAUAACACUACAGCUCAAAAUGAAUUGAUGAAAAAAUUGGCCUUUGAAAACGCAAACACCGAUUGCAAGAAAGCAUUGCAGUCAAUCAUACAUCGCCCUAAAUAUGACCUGGCCGAUAUGAUUCAAGCUUGUGCGGAUGUCGGUAGCCAGAGCCAUGCGAUGUCUUUGCUUACCAUCGCGAUCCAAGCUAAUAAUAAACCUACAGGUAAUUGCUUUAAUUGCAAGCGCCCAGGCCAUUUUGCUAAGCAAUGCAGAGCCCCUGGCGGGGGGGGGGGGGGCAAACAGGGAUGGUGCUGCCAACAAGGCUAGACCUUCCAAAAAAUGCCCGAAAUGUGGAAAAGGCUAUCAUUGGGCAAAUCAGUGCAGGAGUCUGGGAAACUCCAUAGCGGCCCCACUCUCGGGCCAGGACAAAUAGAGAGCCCUCCGCCUUUAGUUUCCGCUGCUGAAAAAUUUUCUAAAUAUACACCCUCUGAUUUUACCAUUGAAUUGAUCAACCAAGAGACCAAAGACACUGUUUUACCUGGUGAAAUUGUGCUUAUGCCCACCCAAUUGGCAGGCCCACUAGCUCCUAAAGUCGCAGGUUUAAUUUUACCCAAAUUUUCUGCGGCAAAAGAAGGAAUCCAGGUUAUUCCAGGAGUUCUGGAUCCUGACUAUGUGGGCACAAUAAUGGUUCAACUUUGGAGCCAUAUGCCCAUGCAGUUAAAUAAGGGUGAGUCCUGGGCGCAUUUGGUGGUGCUCCUUUCUCAUCCUACUGCUUCUAUUAUGGAUAGUAAUUUGCACGAGCUCUCUUCUUUCCCUCCACAGCUGUUAGCUGUAGUCCAGAGGAUUGGUGAAAAGAAACUUCUUCGUAAGUAUAAAAUCAAUGGUAUAGUGCUGGAAGGCUUGAUUGACACGGGCGCAGACAUUUCUGUAAUUUCCAGUAGUUGCUGGGACCCCACGUGGCCCCUUGAGUCUGCCUCUGCAGUUUGGGGUGUGGGUGGACCCCAAACCUCUUCCAGAAGCGUACAGUGGCUGCCUGUUUCUCUGCCUGAUAGCUCUGAAACCAUUGCAUACAUCCAGCCCUGUGUGCUGAAAAUCCACCUCAAUCUGUGGGGCAGAGACUUACUACAACAAUUACAAGCUACCAUUCAAUUUAAUGAGUAAGCUUGCACUUCCCCUCAGCUGGAAAUCUACCAGUCCUGUAUGGGUGGAACAAUGGCCCAUAACGCGGGAAAAGCUACUUGCUUUAAAACAAUUAGUGAAUGAACAAUUAUCGGCAGACCAUAUAGAGCCUUCAGUUAGCCCCUAUAAUACCCCCAUCUUCGUCAUAAAAAAGAAGAGUGGCAAAUGGAGAUUUCUCCAGGAUUUAAGGAAAAUAAACCAGAUCCUUGAACCCAUGGGGCCCUUGCAGUGUGGUCUGCCUAAUCCAAAUGUGAUUCCACAUUCUUAUCAAUUGGCUAUAAUAGAUUUGCAAGAUUGUUUCUUCUCCAUUCUCCUACAGGAGAAGGAUCGUAAAUUCUUUGCUUUUACUGUUCCUGUGUUAAAUAACAGUCAGCCCACGGAACGGUACCAAUGGAAAGUCCUACCACAAGGAAUGUUGAAUUCCAAUGGGAAACUGCUCUCUCCACUAGCAUUGAUUUGCAGUGCGCUUUAGCCGAUUUUGUUGGCCAAGUGGCUUGCCAUAUCCCAGCCGACCCUCGCCUGCAAAUGAGCAAACAAAUUUCCCUGUCUUUCUCUUCCAUAUUAUCUCCUGUCCCUUUGGAUGCCCCUACUGUCAUUACUGACGGAUCCCCCUCCAGGGGGGUGGUUGCCUGGCAACAAAAUGAGGAAUGGCACAGCCUCUACACUCUUCCACAAAAGUCUGCCCAGCGUUCUGAGUUAGCAGCUGCUGUCAAAGCUCUGCACCACUUCUCCUCACAGCCCUUUAAUUUGGUAGUGGACAGUCUUUAUGUUGCAAAUGUCAUAACUCGUCUACAAGGCAGUUAUGUAAGUCCUUUAUUGGAUGACAACUUAUUGAGCCUUUUCCUAUCCUUACAAUUGCUUCUUUCUAAUCGCUCCCACCCUCUAUUUGUGGUGCACAUUCGCUCUCACCAACCCUUCCCAGGCUUUAUCACUGAUGGCAAUGCAAAAGCAGAUUCUUUGCUUCGAGCUUUGCCUGUUUCCCCUAUUGAAAGUCAUGCUUUCCAUCAUCAAAAUGCAAAAGCCCUUAGCCGCCAGUUCCAAAUCCCGUUGGAAGCGGCACGUGCAAUUAUCCAACAAUGCCCUCAAUGCUCUAAUCAGAUUGGCCACCCCAGCCCUGGUGUUAAUCCCCGUGGGCUGGCAGCCAACCAGUUGUGGCAAAUGGAUGUAACUCACUUCGCCCCUUUUUCACCUUGGAAGUUCAUACAUGUUUGCCUUGAUACGUUCUCUGGCUUUAUUUGGGCCACCCCUCAAAGGGGAGAACAAGUUAAGCAUGUUUGCAAUCACCUUGUUCGUACCAUGUCAGUCAUGGGCAAGCCUCAUUCCUUGAAAACUGACAAUGCCCCAGCGUACUGUGCAAAAACCUUUGCUCAGUUCUGUGAAACUUGGAAUAGUCACCAUUUAUUUGGCAUCCCCUACAAUUCUCAAGGCCAAGCGAUUGUUGAACGUGCCAAUCGCACUUUAAAAACUGCCUUGAUUCGACAAGAAAAGAAGGCCGGAGUCCCAGCCUCACUCUCUGAAAAGGAAGGCUGGUUGGCCAGUGUUCUCUUUACUCUCAAUCAUUUGAAUGUUUCCAUACAGGAUCAUCAAUCUUAUACUCGCCUCCAGAAGCACUUUCAGCAAACUGAGAUACUCCCAGCCCCAUUGGUCCGCUAUAAGAUACUACCCUCCAACGAAUGGAGUGAACCUGUAAAACUGAUCACCUGGGGAAAGGGUUACGCUGCAAUUUCUACUCCACAGGGUGCUCGCUGGGUUCCCGCACGCUGCAUCCGCCUAUACCAUGGCGUGGCGACAGACCCUACCGGAUCCGAUACCGCAGUUCGACCGCAAACUACAGAUCGCCCAGGAUGCGGCGUCCAGCCCCCCCAGGACUCGCAAGCGGGGAAAUCGUAA